CUUUCCGCUGAAAUUCUGUAUAUAUAUUCAUGCAUGUUAUUCACCUUUUCCACUAGCUUUUUAAGCAUAGUAAUUAUAGCCCAGUAUAUGGGUCAUUUCUGAAUCUGGUUCUGUUUUACCUCUUGAUUUUUUCUCCUCUCUGCUUUUUUGGGUGUCUUUUAAUUUUUGAUCAAGUGAUGGCUAUCACAUGUAGGAGAAUAGUAACGACUAAGGUAAAUAGUAUUAAUGUCCAGAAAUAAGCCUCUUCUGUCCGGUCAAUAAUGUGGGUAGUUGAGUCAUCUAGCUGGGAGUUGUGCUGAAUUUGGGUUUUAUUGUUGUUGUCAUUGCCUUCACUCUGUACCACAGGCUUCAUUCAGAUUCCUCUAGCAGGGGGUUACUAUUACAUUGUUUUAGUGUGGAACCUAGAGUGCUGGGGACUUUUUCUCAGUGCCCUUCACUCAGCUUUAGCAGUGUUUGCAUGCCUGUGCUACAGAGAGGUCUCUCCUCACACUCUUUUUCCUCCUCACUAGCUGACUGGUGUUGUCACUGGUGCUUGGCUUAUAGUGGGGAAAAGGGGUUUUUCACACUCCUGGUCCUGCCUUAGUUUUAGGCAGGCCCUGUGCACCUAAGCCUCAGAUGUGGGGCUAUCUCAGUAUUCCUGCUACUUCUCCAUUGCAGCCAAAUCCUUCCUUUAUCUGUGGUGAGUCUUGAGUGAGAGUUUCCCAGGAGUAGCCAACUUCAACUUUCUAUUGGUUCAGGACACGGAGCCCUAGUGUUUCCUGCUCCUGCUGCUCCCCAAAGGGCAGAAGGUUUGUGCUUCUACCUCUUCUCCAGAAGCACGGGGUCUUUGCCAGGAUCCUGUUGGUGGUAAUGCUUCCUGCCCUUCCCCCAGUGGAUAAAGUUUUCAUACAGAAGAAAGGUUUGGAGAGGUUAAGUGGAAUUUUAUGAUUGUCCCCCAGUGACAGAACUGUCACCUCCUAAUAUUCUUUUUAUCUCCGGAAAAAUAUUUAUUGCUUAUAGAGAGAAAUGUAGUGUUUCAAUAUAGCUUCUUUACAGAUGUUUACUAAUGAUCUGUGAUAUAAAUAGCACUUUAAAUAUUCAGUACAUUGCUGCCUGCCCUUUUGUUUCUCUACCACAUAUAUUUGUAUGAAAAUACAUUCAUCAUUCAACAAUCCACCUGUUUAUUUUAGCUACUUUCCAUAGUGCCAUCCAAAAUUAAACCAAAUCAAAAUGAAUGCGGUUAGGUACAAAAGCUGUCUUGCAAGAAGCAAGUGCGCACCUCACCUGGGAAUAUCGGAAAGAUUUGGAUCAGGGCUCUGCUGUUUCUCUGAAGACAGGCUUCACUCAAAUAAUGAUGGUUUAUUUUUAAAAAUCAUCCCACUGAAAAGUCCCUUACAAGGAAAUUUCUUAACUUUUUAAAAGCCAUACGUGGUGUACACAUGGUGCCAAGUGCUUAAGGGCAGUUGUUUAAAUUUUCCUUUGAGGGCAAGGAAAGCCUAGUACAUUCUACUCAGACUUUUAGGAAAAAUGAGGCUUAUCUAUUUUAAAAAGGAUAAUUUCUGUUACUUUGUGUUCUCUAUCUCACCAAAAGACCAGAAUUAGAGAAGACUGUCCUAGUUAAGUAUGGAAUAUUGAGUCAAAUUAAUGGGUUCCAGGGCCUGUGGAGGGAAUGUUCUUUAAAAUAUAUAUUAAUAUAUCUCCUAAUUAUCAGUAUUAAGACCAUUCGAGUUGUAUGUUAAUUUAAAAAUAUAUUACAUUAAAAAACUAUUUUUUUAACAUAAGCUAAUUUUAAGAGAAGCUUGAUUGUCAUAUUGGUGAAGGAACAUUUUACAAGCUCCUCUGUACUCUGAAAUGUGGUGUCCAAGAUUAGACAUACAAGGUCAGUGUUACUUAAGCGGCCAAGUUUCCAAUUUGUUAUUGCUUGUUACCAAAUGAAAGUAAAAAGGAAAACAGAAAGGUAAAAUAAAGAAACUGGCUUUUAUGUAUUUUAUUCCCAAAAAGAGCGUUUGCCCAAGGACCUUCCCAUUCACGGGCUGUCACUCACAGGUGCUCGGAGAAUUCAGCCUCCAAAUCCCGCAGGUCACACAGAUCAGCCAAGUUUUAAGAAACACUCCGGAUUAGCGACCCUUCCUCUCCGCAACUCCCACCCCUGCGCCAGGACGCUGCCGGGUGGUCCCCAAGGGAAGAUCAGGCCCUGGACGCCCCGCGAGCGCUGGAGGCCCGGAGGCCGAGGCCGAGGACGGGAGCAUGCCACCGGGGUCGCGCCACCGAAAGCUCUUCCGGCCUGGGCCAGCGUGCCCCGAGGCCGCGGGCGGAGGCUGGAGCAACGGGCCCAACUCUCCCUCCGCCCCGGGGAGGCGGGGUCUCCGCCUUUCCCGCGUUCGGGCCUCACCGCCCCCCUCCGCCUUCUCUGAGGCCCCGCGCCACUUCCGCUCCUCGCGGCGGAGCCGGUCCCCUAGGGCUCGGGGUCGCACGGAGCUGACCCCUAACGAAAUGGGGCCGUGCCAGGGGCGGUGGUGGCUGCUACUCUGGCUGCCGCCCCUGGCCACACUGCCCGUGCGGGGGGAGGCGGCGGCGGCGGCGUUGUCAGUUCGUAGGUGUAAAGCUUUGAAGGAAAAAGAUUUAAUUAGAACGUCUGAGUCAGACUGUUACUGCUACAAUCAAAAUUCCCAAGUGGAGUGGAAAUACAUAUGGUCGACUAUGCAGGUGAAAAUUACCAGUUCAGGCCUGUUCAGAAUUGUAUACAUCACAGAAAGACAUAAUUGCCAAUAUCCAGAAACCAUUUUAUCUUUUAUCAAAUGUGUGAUUCAUAACUUUUGGAUACCAAAAGAAUCUAAUGAAAUAACCAUAAUCAUCAAUCCAUAUGGAGAGACUGUGUGCUUUUCUGUGGAGCCUGUCAGGAAGAUAUUUAACUAUAUGAUACAUGUGAAUCGAAACAUCAUGGAUUUCAAACUCUUCCUUGUGUUUGUGGCAGGAGUUUUUCUUUCCUUUUAUGCAGAGACCCUGAGUCAAAGCCCUACUUUCUAUUACUCUUCGGGAACUGUGCUAGGUGUUCUAAUGACAUUAGUCUUUGUCUUGCUGUUGGUGAAACGAUUCAUUCCGAAGUAUAGCACCUUUUGGGCUCUAAUGGUUGGUUGUUGGUUUGCUUCAGUUUAUGUUGUGUGCCAGUUGAUGGAAGAUCUGAAGUGGCUGUGGUAUGAAAACAGGAUAUAUGUAUUAGGCUAUGUCUUGAUAGUUGGAUUUUUCAGCUUUGUUGUUUGUUACAAGCAUGGGCCCCUUGCAGAUGACAGGAGCAGAAGUCUUCUGAUGUGGACACUACGACUACUCUCCCUGGUUCUGGUCUAUGCUGGUGUGGCCGUGCCUCAGUUUGCCUAUGCAGCCAUAAUCCUCCUCAUGUCCUCCUGGAGUCUGCACUACCCACUGAGAGCAUUCAGUUAUAUGAGGUGGAAAAUAAAGCAGUGGUUUACAUCGAAAGAGCUGGUGGUGAAGUAUCUUACAGAAGAUGAGUAUAGGGAGCAAGCUGAUGCUGAAACGAACAGCGCUCUGGAGGAGCUGCGCCGGACCUGCCGAAAACCCGACUUCCCCUCGUGGCUGGUGGUCUCCAGACUCCACGCUCCUAGAAAAUUUGCAGACUUUGUUCUUGGAGGAAGCCACUUGUCACCUGAAGAAAUCAGUCUGCAUGAAGAGCAGUAUGGCCUUGGGGGUGCCUUCUUGGAAGAGCAGCUCUUUAACCCAAGUACUGCCUGACAUGCGACCUUCAAGUUGACUUCAUUCUGGACAAGGAAGUGGGCAAAGGGUAGGGAUUCUAUUAAAGUUAGGCAGAACUGUUCUAGUGAACAGUGGCAAAAACAUUUGCUGUGGAGAAAAACAAGUCAUUCUGGAAAGGAAAACUAACCCAUUUUGAAGAUAACUUAACAUUCUUGGUGAGUUCUGCUAUUUACUGUACUGUAGGUGGAUACCAAGAUUCUGUGACAGCCACUACCACCUUCCUUGAAUGAAGGCUUUCAUUAGGAACAGGGGAAUGGCAUUGUUCUUCAAGGGGCUAAUAAGCGUGAACAGGUGCUUUGUCAACACCAGGGCCCUAAAUCCGCUCUUAAUCCCCUGAACCUGUGUCAGAAGACUCUGCAAUACUCUUCCUAUAUUUCAUCAGUAUAAGUCUUAAAAGAGACCUGAGACAUGCUGGACCAGUGUUUUCCAAAGUACAGCUCACAGGAUACUACCGAGUGUUGGUCAGUAAAGGUAUUCUGAGGUCAGCUAAGAUUGAUAUAAAGUUAAACUAAUGUACCUCUCAGAGUCAUUCAUAAUGCUCAUGUGCACUGUGAAUCUCCCAAAGAGGAGAAAGUGUGUGCUGCAGUUUCUUGCUUAAUUUGACCACAGAACUCUUUUUCAUGAGAUUAAUAUUCCGUGGAACACAUGUUUGGAAAGUGCUAAUGGCGGUGGAAUUGAGCUCUGGAGAGGUUAAACAACUUGUGCAAGACCACACUGAGAUGCAGCACUGGUAGAAAUCCAGCCCUGGUGUAUCCUUUGACUCAGGUAGAUAAGAUCUUCAGGUGCAAGCUUAGAAGCCAUCUUCCAAAGCCAUGGGCCUCACAAUGUUGGUGGCUUUACUUUUUAUUUUUCAAUAAUGGCCAACUUGCUAUUUAACUGUGAUAAAGGGAAAUGUUUCUUAAGACAUUUUAAAGUUUUUUAUACAUAAGAUUUUUAUAUACAUACAUAAGGAUUAGAUACUAUGAUUACUUUUUUUUUUUUGGUAUUUUGAAAUUGAAGGCAUUUAACUUCUUGUGACAUUUUGAAUUGACUGAUCCAUUUAAAAAAUUGUUUAACUAUAUGUGUUUAUAACAGUUUCUUACAAAACAAUUUUUUUCUUGAGUCAUGAUUAAACUCCAGAGUGCAAUGAGGGGCUGUGAGCUUUGACCCUGAGGAAAGAAGGCCAAAACAUAGAUCUGAGAAAAGAUUUGAACAUGGCAAGACAAUCUCAGGGUUAAGAUGUUGCUUAGUUGAUUCUGAGAAUCAAAAUCAGGCUUUUUUUCCUGUGAUGGGAUCAUAAAAAUCUUUUUAUCAGGACAAGGGUUACGGGGGAAGGACAGACAGAAUUUUGGCACUGCUGCUUUCCUGAGCCAAAUUUAGUAGUUUUUCUAAAUCAUGAAAAAAGAGCAUGACUAUCCAUCUGGAACUUUCUAGAUUGAUUUUCAAAUGAUAGUUCCUCUUUGAAGUAUUUACAGGUCUGUUUUUGCCAGACAUCUUUUCAUACUAGGAACUUUUUCUGUAAUAUCCACUAAAGUUAAUCUGCCUUUAUAUAGACUUGGAUUUUUAAAGAACCAAAGGAUGUAUUUCCCAUUCAGAUUUAUGGUAACUAUUUUAUGAGUAAAUAGAAGUUUGAACAUUUUUCUUAUGGUUUAAUCUGGUUUUUUAUAAUUAUAUUUAUUGGUGAUAUAAAUGUAUCAGAUGUAUCAGUGCCUGUGCUCACCAAGUUCGUCUCCUAAGAGGCAGUUUGUGUAGUACAACAUAUGCGUAUGAGUAAAUAACACAUAAACAAUCUGCUGGGGCUGCCAGGUAUGUCCCAGCCAGGACAGCCACUGGGCCAGGGGGAAGAGGUACUGCCGAGGGAAGGAAGCAGCUCUUCAUGGGCAGCUAGCCAGGUGUAACCAUCACAAUAAGAACAGCCAAAGAGAGAACAACAACAGCAGUCCUCCAGGAUAUUGUUUUCCAUGUUUAUUUUUAGAAGAAAUCAUAGGUUUGUCAGUUUCUGCUUUGUGACUACUGUGAGAAGCUAAACAAUUAAAAGCAUUACUUGUGAUAUUUUUAGUGUAUUUAUGUUGUUUUCAUUUGAUUUGGGGGUAUAUUAUAGUACUGAUCACAAUUCUAAUCCCCAUCAAGCAAUGUACAGAUAACUCUUGUAAGAAAUGUGUCCCUCCUUUCUUUCCUCCCUUCUCUUCUCUUUCUCCCUCACCUCCUCUCUCCUCUCCUCCUCCCUUUUUAAAGUCCUUUGAACAGUUUAAACGACCACUAAAUAAAAUGGCUCUGCCCUUCA